UUAAGACCCAAACACAGGUGGCGGCCAUCAUAUGCUAGAGAGAGAAAACUAAGCACCGGUAGGGAGAGAUAGCUAGACCACCGACCCGAACUACACUAUUUUUGGACCUGGCCUAAUCUACUUGAUAUUAUAUCUAUGUCUAUAUGUCACAAGGUAAACUUUAAAAAGAAAGUGAAUUCUGGCAUAAAUAUUGUUAUGUUCAUAAUUAGAUGUAAAAUUGGUACAACAUAAAUCAAAUUUGAUAACAUGGAAGUAAAACAAGAAACUAGUGAGGAAAUUUGUAAAAUAGAAAUCGAUAAUGAAGAGUUUGAUGGUGAUGGUAACUUGGAAGCCUUCAAAAUUGAAAUUAAGGAAGAACCCAAGAGAGAACCCGGCUACAACGCAUUUGAUUAUUUAGACUUUCCUGAAAACGCUAAAGUAGAACAAGAUGAAUAUAAAUUUAAUAUAUUAUGUGAAGAAACGCAAACAACAAAUGAAGAAAGUUUCCGUCCAAACGAGAUUAAAAUGAAAUCCGAAAGAACGUCAGUAACACACACUGGAAAGAAACUUAACAGGUGCAAAAUUUGUUUUAAGCAAUUUAGGGAAGCAGGAAAUUUGAAAACGCAUUUAAGGAUACAUUCUGGAGAAAAACCUUAUAAGUGUGAAAUUUGUUCUAAACAAUUUAGUCAAAAUGGACAUUUAAAAACUCAUUUAAGGGUACACACUAGAGAAAAACCUUUUAAGUGUAAAAUUUGUUUUAAGCAAUUUAGUGAAUCUGGAACAUUGAAAAAUCAUUUAAGGAUCCACACCGGAGAAAAGCCUUUCAAAUGCGACAUUUGUUUAAAGCAAUUUAGUGAAGCGGGGAGUUUGAAACAGCAUUUAAGGGUACACAGUGGAGAAAAACCUUAUAAGUGUGAAAUUUGUUCUAAGCAAUUUAGUCAAGAUGGAAGUUUAAAAACUCAUUUAAGGAUACACACUGGAGAAAAGCCUUACAAGUGCGAGAUGUGUUUUAAGCAAUUUAGUGAAGCAGGAACUUUAAAAAGGCAUUUGACAGUACACACUGGAGAGAAGCCUUACAAGUGCAAAAUUUGUUUUACGCAAUUUGGAGGAGCAGGAAGUUUGAAAAGGCAUUUAAGGAUACAUACUGGAGAAAAACCUUAUAAGUGUGAAAUUUGUUCUAAGCAAUUUAGACAAGAUGGACCUUUUAAAAGGCAUUUAAGGGUACACUCUGGAGAAAAGCCUUACAAGUGCCAAAUUUGUUUUAAACAAUUUACUGAAGCACGAAAUUUAAAAAAUCAUUUGAGAUUGCACACUGGAGAAAAGCCCUAUCAAUGCGAAAUUUGUUCUAAGCAAUUUUGUCUAGAUAGAGCUUUGAAAAAGCAUUUAAAGAUACACACUAAAGAAAAGCCUUAUAAGUCCGAAAUUUCUUUUUAACAAAUGUUGAAUGGGUUGCAUAUGUGAGUCCAUAUUAAAUGAAGUAAAGAAACACAGACUUACUCACAAUCAUUUAAUAAUACUUCGACGAUCGGUUUCCAUCUCUACACUAUUCAGAUCAUCUUCAGGUCGGCGUUACAAGUAGUUAAAUGA